GAUAUCAACAAACACAACUUUAAUUUCAAGAGUUGGUAUGGGCAACAAACUAGCAACUUCCUUAACCAAUCUAAACAAAAAGCCUAAGACUUCAAACCUCACUUCCUUUCAGAUCAAGCAACAACAGGAAGAAGACGAUCAGGAUGAUGAAGAAAUUUACUUGACUCCUAAAUCACACCACACUCAGCUCGCGGAUGAAUACGAUGAUUAUGAUGAUGUAACAGUUCUUGAAACUGGGCAGUCUUCAAAUUCUGAAACCGAUGACACUCAGACUCCAUCUUUUGUUUGCGAAAUCUGUGUUGACUCAAAACCUCUGCAUGAUUCCUUCAACGUUAAGGGUUGUUCUCAUUUUUACUGUACUCUAUGCACGAUCAAAUACAUAGCUUCUAAGCUUGACGACAACGUUACAUAUAUUACUUGUCCAGUUUCAAACUGUGAAGGCCUGCUUGAGUUUGAGUACUGCCGUUUGAUCCUCCCGUAUAAUGUUUUUGUGAGAUGGGGUGAUGCCCUUUGUGAGUCUGCGAUUGUUGAUCGCAAGAAAUUCUACUGUCCUUAUAGAGAUUGCUCGGCAAUGUUGAUUAAUGAAGAAGGAGAGAGGAUUAAGCAAUCACAGUGUCCUUUUUGUCAGAGAUUGUUUUGUGUCAAGUGCAAGGUUCCUUGGCAUACAGAGUUUGGUUGUUCUGAGUUUCAGAAAUUGCAGAAGCGUGGGGAGAAAGCUGUGCUCACUGAUCUAGCCAAGAAGAAGAAGUGGAGAAGGUGCCCUAAUUGCAAAUUCUUUGUGGAAAAAUCAUCUGGCUGCUAUUAUAUCAAGUGCAGGUGUGGAUAUGCAUUCUGUUACAACUGUGGAGCUCAGUCAAGUUCUACUUCCCAUCAGUGCUCUAAAUGUAAGCAUUAAGACUACUUCAAAAAGAUACAGAGAUUCCCUCCUAGUUGUUGAGAAAUACAUGGCAGAUUUCAACUAAUGUGAACAGAAAGAGUAAUUACCUCAGUUGAUAUAGACAAAUUAAAAUAGCAUUAAGAUAUAGCUUAAAAAAGGAGUAUAAAUUUCUUUUCAUCGUGGCCUUUGUAGAUUCUUCUCUUCACCUUUGUUACCUUGAAUUAGCUUUUAUAUUGGCUAUAUUCAUAUUAUGCAUGAUUUAUGAAUUAUGGGCGAUAGUUGAAACAAUUGGCAAGCAGUUGAGAAGGAAGAAACAGAAUUGGCACAUUCUUUUUUGACAAGAAAAUUUACCAUAUUGGGGCGAUGAGGAGGAAACAUUAGAGAUGUUGUGUGUAACAAGUAUAGAUGAAAAUGAAGACCAUAAAAAUGUGAUACAAAU